UGUCUUACGCUUGUCAUGGUCGUUAUGUUUUUUGUUUGUUUGUGUGGCCUGCCAGUCUCGGGUCAUCUCCGAGUGAAGCUUCGCGUGUGUGAGAAAUUGUUGGGAGUUGUGACCAUGAGGACGUUAGCAGUGCUAGCAAUGCUGAUGCUAACAGCAUGCGAGGCGCAUCGGGCGCUGGUGGUGUUCCCGAUCCCCACGCGCAGCCACAUCAACCUGGGCGAGGGCUACGUCAGGCACCUGCUUAGGGCCGGCCAUCAGGUGACGUAUAUAACUCCAGUUCCUAUUAAGGACCCAUCAAAGAAUUUGCGACAAAUCGACGUGUCUUCAAACUUUGCCCUUUUUCCAGCGGGUGAAAUUUUAGACCUGACGAAGCUGAUGAACAAGGAGUUACCAGUGUUCGGCACACCGGAGGUGCUGCAGAUGAUGCUGGUCAUCGCCAACGGGACGCUGAUGCAUGAGCACGUGCAACGACUGUUGCAUGACGUCCAGGAGGAGUUCGACGUCGUCAUAGCGGAGUGGAUGUUCGUGGAGGCGUACAGCGGACUAGCACCAGUGUUCGGCUGUCCGUUCAUCUGGUCGUCCUCCAUGGAGCCGCACGCGAUGGUGCUGUCCCUCAUGGGCGAGGACCCCAACCCUGCCUACGUGACGGAUUACAGCUCCACCAUAGUCCCGCCCUUCAACUUCCAGCAGCGAGUCGCUGGACUCUGGACGUUUUUGUCCACUAAGUAUCAUAAAUGGCAAGACGAGGCUUCGCUAUACGAGAAAGCGUUCACCUCAGCAGCGGCCGCCAGGGGUCGCCACCUGCCUCCAUACGAGGCGGCCAAGUACAACGCGAGUCUGAUGCUGGGAAACUCCCAUGUGUCCGCUGGAAGCGCGUUCAGUCUGCCGCAGAGCUACAUUCCUAUAGCUGGGUACCACAUCGAGGAGACAGUCAAGCCUUUACCUAAGGACCUCCAAACUCUUAUGGACAAUGCUAAACAUGGAGUUAUCUACUUCAGUAUGGGCUCCGUACUGAGCAGCAAAAGUUUGUCCGCGGAACUGAAACGUGCCCUCCUUGGCAUGUUCGGUCAGCUGAAGCAGACCGUCAUCUGGAAACUGGAGGAGUCACCCGAGAACUUGCCCAAAAAUGUCCAUUUGAUUGGUUUUGCUCCACAACAAAGCAUAUUAGACCAUCCUAAUUGUAUCCUCUUCAUCACGCAUGGCGGGCUGCUAUCCAACACGGAGGCGCUGCAUUUUGGCGUGCCCAUCAUCGGGAUCCCCGUCUUCGCUGACCAGUUUCUCAAUAUCGACAGGGCUGUGAGCAAAGGCUACGCGAAGAGAGUGGAUUUUGAUCACGACAUUCCGGAGAAGUUGAAAGAGGCUAUUGAAGAUAUUCUUGGAAGUUCAAGGUACCAUGAGCGAAUGAAGGAGCUCUCGUUUGUGUACCAUCACCGCCAGAGCCCGCCCGGCAAGACCCUGGUCCACUGGGUGGAGCACGUGGUGCGCACGCGCGGCGCGCCGCAUCUGCGCUCUCCUGCGCUCCUGGUGCCCUGGUACCAAAAGAUGUACCUCGAUCUGUUGGGUCUUGUGUUUGUACUUGUUUUAUUAAGCGUUUUUGUUGUAAGACGAUUCUUGUCGACUAAGAUUGAUGUGAAUAAGAAGAAUAGAUGAUUUAAUGUUGUGUUGCUUUAAUAUUGUGGAAGAGGUGUACAAUCUAAGAAAAAAUAGAGCCCAUGAAUUUGUCAGCUGAUGUAGAUGGCGCUGUACCUACGGCUCCAUAUGUUUUGUGGUAACAGAAUUGUCAAACGCCAACAGCCAAAGUUGCCGUAAGAUGUUAUGGAGUCGUACAGCGCCAUUUACAUUAGCUGUCAAACUCAAAGCACGAAUUUGUCUUGGACUUAACACACCAGUGGCCUAUUUUAUAAAGCUACAAGUUACAAUUUACAAGCGGAAGUCUCGUUCUAAUACAUAGGGUGAGAAAGAGACUUCCGCUUGUAAAUUAUAACUUGUAGCUUUAUAAAAUAGGCCACAGAUCAUCUCUAUCGUUAUAUUACAAUAGGUAAUUAGGUUAGUGCUAUGUGUUUUUUUAUAAGAAGGUUCGAGUCGAGGAAGAUUGAUAUGAAUCAUGUGAAUAAACAUAAUUGAUGAUAAA